GAAAUUGUAUUAGGCCCCACCACCACAAAAAUACAGGGGCUGGGUUGCCACCGAAACAUCAGCAAGGACUCUCCUCCGCCUCCGCUGCUCCGACCAAAUUGUCGCCACCCUUCUCCGCCAACAACGUAAAUUCCCUCUUUUCUCCCCCUUUUCUAUCGUCUUCUUUGUCUUUUCCACCGCUAAAAAUACACAAUAACAUUAUUAUCCGAAUCGCGGAAAUCUGAAUUCAACCGAAAACCAAAAAACAAACUACUCGCCGCGGCGGCAAACAAUUCUCAGGUUCUUCUUCCCCUCUCUCUCUCUCUUUUCACCGCCUCGUUUUUUUCUUCUUUGCUUUUUAGGGUUUUCGUUUCCGUCCCCGUACGGCGGCUCCGUCGACGUGCAUUGUUGUGCAUGACACGUUCCGAACCUGAUCGUUCGGAAUUCCGGUUGAUUUCCGGACGGGGGGAGUUCCUUUUUAGCUUGUCCGUGCAUUGUGGUCCGUGCUCCGCCGUGACAAAUUUGGGGCUACUGUUCGUGGCCACGGCGCCGUAUUGGCAUUGUUUGUUGCCGUCGAACACCUGGCGAGCAUGGAACCAAAAACCCUACCGCCCCACGUGGCGGGGGGUUUUUUGUUUGUGAACAGCAAAACUGGGGUAUGCUGCCGGAGGAGGUUGACGAGAUGAUUUUGCCGUCGUUAAAUUGAUUCAGGCGAGUGAAGCUUGUUAUUAUCAGUGGAGCAGAAUCUGCUGGCUAGCUUAACUUAAGAGUUUGAAUGGAUCAAAUUGACUUGCAAUUUGCUUCCUUCGAUGUACCUAUCCUUUGUUGUUCUAGGUGGUGGUCUGAGUGAGGUUUGUUCGUUGAUGUGCACUUCGUGUGAGGUUUCCAUUAGUAUACUCUGUUGCUCUGGCUGACUCCACCGUGAUUUGAUUCUCAUUGGAACUGGAACCAGGGUGUGCUGAAAUUGCAAGCAUUAUGUCAAGUUAUUUGUGUGCUUUUUUUGCUUGUUCAUAUUGGGUUUCUUUUUUUGCGUGUGGAUAAAAUGGAAAGGUGGGGAAUACUGGAAAUUGUAGGCUGAGUUGAUCUGCUAGAUGUUGUAUGGAUGUAGGUUACAUGCCAUCUCUUGCAAUUCGUUGGUAUCAUUCUUACUGAGAGCUGCUAAACGGCCAUAAAGUUGGCUAUUUCAAUUGGAAAAGUUUGCACAGGCUUAUGAGUUAUGACCGCUGUAAUUUAUAUAAUUAUCUGGCUGUAUGCAGUGCUUAAAGAGCAAUGAGCACCUGAGCGUGGGUUUUCAAGAUGUUUGUGAAGGGAUUCAGGGCGAGGCAGACACCAAGCCUUCCUAUUCCAAAAAUUUCAGAUCAAUCUCCAUGGGGCGGAAAUGUUUUGCAUUCUGACAUGAAUAGAACAGUUGACUGGAGGAAUGAUGGCAGCAUUUCUUUCUUCCGUGACUUCGUCAAAUCGGAAAUCACGAAAAUUUUGGUGGCCCAUUAUUACUGGCAACCAGAUGGCUCUGACUUCGUUGGUCUUCUAGAAAACAUCAUUUUUUUGGAAUCUCAGUCAAUGGAGGACUACAUGAACUUAGAUACGCUAGCAAAGCGGCUGCAAAUAGUAAUCCAUGAUGCAGCAAAAUCUCCUGAGAGAAACUUGAACAAUGUUAGCAAGACAUAUGACACAACUAUCAUGGACUUCCCUGGCGUAUUUGGUGUAGUAAGGGGUGAGGUUGGACGAAUAGCUGGGGGGAUGGUACCUUCUCCUGAAAUGAACUCUACCGUCACUUCCUGUUCCAGUGCAAAUGGGUUUUCUGAAACUGGAGUCUUUGGAAGUGAAUCUGGGAUUUUUGAAGGAGAUAAUAUAUGCAAUUUUGAGCAUGGAACUAGCGAAGUCAACUCUCAAAUGCAACAUGUUGCUUCUGGUGAAAUGGACUUGGUAAAUUUUACUUGUGUGACAAGAAACCCAAUUGCUCCUGCCUUGCCAUCCGCUUUGGGAAAUGGCUCUCAAACAUCUGUAGAAAAUCUCCCACUGUGGGGCUCCGAAGUCUCUGAUGGAUAUCCUGGCUUGAUCAGCUUGGAUCCAGCCCUUUUGAGGUCGCUGCAAACUGGAUCACAUAUGUUUCAGGAGUACCAUAACCAGCCUCAUGAUUCAUCUGGGGAUUCUAGGAGGUCAACACUAGGGGAAGAAUUCAACUCUUUUCCCAUACGACAUGAAUUGUUUUCUUCAAUGUCUGGAUUAGUACUGGGUACAGAUUCCAAGCUCCCUUCAGAACAACCACAUUCGUCGGAUUUUAGUUCAAAUUGCUCCGAGGUUUCAGAUGAGGUUUUCAGACUGGCAGAUUCAAGUGCUACAUUUCAGAUGUCCAUGGAACGUAAAGUCCUGUUUGCUUAUGCCAACUAUAAGGAAUCAGCAUUUUCUAUGGGCGACUGCUUACCUUCUUUUCUUCAAUACCUGCAUGGUAUUCUGUGCAAGAAUUUUAGUUGCAUGUGUGCAAGUUUCAUCCAGAUUUUAUCUCAUUUUGAUUUCUGUGGCUCCUUGAAUUGCAAUAUUUGUGGUCCUGUUCGUGAUCAUUCUUGUGCUAAUAGAUAUCAACAAAACUAUGAAACUUCUGGUAGACCUGGCUCUCUCUUGUUAGAAAAUUCAUUGCAUCCUUUAAAGCGUCUGAAGAUGGAACAUGGGUCAGCUCGGGUGCCUUCUGGAGCCCGAAUUCCAUCUGCAGAGGCUCUUCCUGGUGAUCCUGAUGAAGUACCUCCUAUGCAAAAGUUCCCCAAUUCCCUUCUAUGUACUGAUCCUGGAUUAAUGGAAGUGAAUAUAGAACUGCCAGCAAAUGUUGUGGAUGUCACUCAAGGUAGUAGAAAAAAUGCUGAUGUUUCCCUGGGUAGAAACUGUCACAUCAAUCAAAUGGAUUCUGGAUAUCUUACUGCUGGCGAUAAGUCAGUGAGGGUUGCUUCUGGAAAUGUCAGUGAUGUUACAGAAUUUAUGAAAAAUGAUGUAGAUAUCUCAAAGCUUGAUUCUUCUCUUGCUAAGGGUUGUGACAUUGGAGAGCCAACAACACAAAUUAUGUCGGUGGAUGGCCCAGAUCAAUCAAAUUUUGAAAAUAGGCCAGAUGCAGCAGAUAUUCAGGAAGGAGUCAAGGGACAGAGCCUGAAGAUUAGAGGUGUGUCCUUGGUAGAUUUUUUCACUGCACAAGAAAUAAAGAAACACAUAUCCAGUCUUCAGCAGCGUGUCAGUAAGAAAACAUCAAAUGAAGAGGAGCAGAACAGUAUAGCACACAUCAUCCAAAGCAGUUCAGACAGAGCAACAUGUUCUACCAAUGACAAUACUUGCCAGCUAUGUCUAUUAGAUAAGCUAUUACUCGCCCCGGUUACAAUAUAUUGUUCAUGUUGUGCUGGUCGUAUCAAGCAUGGCAUCACAUAUUACACAUUGGAGGAAGAAACUAUAAGACACUGUUUUUGUAAUGCAUGCCACAAGUCACGAGGAAACACUAUCAGAUUCUAUGGGCGUUCUGUUCUCAAGAUGAAUUUGGUGAAAAGAAAGAACGACGAGGAAAAUGAAGAAUCAUGGGUUCAAUGUGACAAAUGUAAAAAAUGGCAACAUCAAAUAUGUGCUCUGUUUAACGAUAAAAAGGAUGUUGAAGGAAAUGCAGAGUAUGUUUGUCCAAAAUGCUGCCUGGAAGACUUGGCCUGUUUCGGGCUUUUUCCAUUGCCAAAGGAUAAUCUCUAUGAUGCAAAUGCUCUGCCAAGGACUAGGCUUAGCGACUACUUGGAGAAGAGGCUGUGUCAACGACUUCAACAGGAGAGGACAGAGAGAGCAAAUGCUUUGGGAAAGAACUUUGAAGAGGUUCCAGGGGCAGAAGAUCUUACUGUUAGAGUUGUCUUAUCUGUGAAAAAACUGUUGAAAGUGAAGAAGCAGUUUCUGGAAAUUCUUGGCAGCAAUUACCCUGUUGAAUUCCCAUAUGUAUCUAAGGUCAUUCUAUUGUUCCAGAAGAUUGAAGGCGUAGAUGUAUGUCUCUUUGCAUUGUAUGUCCAAGAGUUUGGCUCGAGAUGUAGUUAUCCUAAUCAGCGAUCAAUCUACAUUUCGUAUCUUGAUUCUGUUAAGUACUUUAGACCUGAGACUGAGACUGCAUCUAAAGAAGCUCUGCGUACAUUUGUUUACCAUGAGAUACUGGUAGGCUACCUUGACUACUGUAAAAAACGAGGCUUUGCAACCUGCUACCUGUGGGCCUGCCCACCCCAGAGAGGAGAAGAUUAUAUCUUGUAUUGUCAUCCCGAGAAUCAGAAGACACCAAAGCCUGAUAAGCUCCGACGAUGGUAUAAUUCAAUGAUAAGGAAAGCAGAGAAGGAGAACAUCGUGGUCAGUUCUACAAACUUGUACGAGCACUUCUUCAUCCCUAGUGCACAAUCAGACUCCAAGAUAACAGCUGCCCGUUUGCCUUAUUUUGAUGGUGAUUACUGGUCUACUGUUGCCGAGAAUAUCUUCAAGAAGAUUGAAGAGCAAGGUGGAGAUUAUUCAGCAAAGGCGGCAAAAAAAGUAAUGAAGAAUCGAACUAUGAAGGCCAUGGGACAUACUAAUCCUUCUGGAACUGCUAUUAAAGAUAUGCUGUUGAUGCAAAAGCUAGGGCAAGCCAUAUUUCCUGCUAAGGAUGAUUUCAUCAUUGUGCACUUGCAAUUUGUUUGCACGUACUGUAAUAGAGAAAUCGUGUCAGGAUGCCGAUGGUUUUGUGCAGAAUGUAAAAACUUUAAUUUGUGUGGAAGGUGCCGCGACACCAAGCUAAGCCAUCUGGAAGAUGCACACAUCUUAAAUAACAAGGAAAAGCAUCUUUUAUCCAAGGUUAUGGUAAAUGAUGUACCAAGCGAUACCAAGGAUGAAGAUGUGGAUAUAGACAGCUGGUUAUUUGAGGAUAGGCACACUUUCUUGAGUUUCUGUCAGAAGAAUCACUACCAGUUUGACACACUCCGCCGUGCCAAGCAUUCUUCAAUGAUGAUUCUUCACCAUGCACGUAGCCCAGAGUCACCAAUGUUUGGAGCCACAACUUGCAAGUUUUGCCAUGUAGAGACCCGGGGUCAUGAUGUUUGUUCCACUUGCUGCCGCAAGAAAGCAGGACCUAAGAAACUCAUUGAUAGCGCAAUUCCGGAAUCUCUGCCAGCUACUGAUCCUGGGUGUCACACAAGUCAUGAGCAGGCUGGCUACCUUCCUCUACAGCGCACAUCCCAUAAAAGAAAGUUGCAGUCUAAUGUGGUGAUGGGUAGUGUUCUGGAUGCUUUACCACAUGCUUCAGUCUGUCCAGUCACCCGUAGCAACGGCUGCCCAUACAAAAACUGCUCUGUACUGAAACGGUUGUUCAGCCACGCGACAAAAUGUAGCACUCGGUCCUCCGGUGGUUGUUUGCUUUGUCGUGCGGUGUGGAACAUCUUGAGGCUGCACUCCCUGGAAUGUAGCGAACCCAAUUGCCGUGUGCCUCGCUGCUCGGAUUUGAAGGAGUACGUGGCGCUGAAGAAGAACCAGCAACAGCAACAUCAAUAGCAACACCAUUAGAGGCCAUGAGAAGUACUAGAGAGUUUGUACAUACUGCUUCAGCUAACAGCAAACUUCACUGGCCGAAGGUAAAGUAGCUCAACAUAAUAGUAAGAGAAAAUGAUAGGUUUACAGAAGAAUGAAUAUAGCAAAAAGCUUUAUAUGACCUGUAAGUGAAGAAAGGUGACAACAUAGG